AUGACUUACAAGACCUAUUCUACUGCUCUCACCACCACUAUUGAGAAUCCUCGAUUGAGAUUUCUCAACAAGAUCAAGGCCGGGGAGUAUCCCCUGAUGACCUUUGUUGCAAUUCCCAGUGUGCGCCAAGCCCAAAUCGUCGCAUUAACCGGCCUAGACGGCAUUAUCCUUGAUUGCGAGCACGGCCACAUUGGAGAUGACUCGAUGCACAACUCAGUGGCGGCUAUUUCCGCCCUUGGCGUAUCGCCCAUCAUUCGUAUUCGUGGACCCGCCCAUGACAUUAUCAAGCGAGCACUUGACACUGGUGCACAUGGUAUUAUGGUUCCUCAGAUCAACAACGCCGAGGAGGCGAGACAAAUUGUCGCUUCAUCCAAGUUCCCACCUCAAGGUGUUCGAGGCCAAGGCUCUGCCUUUCCCGCUAUUGGUCACGCCCUCACAACCCCUGAGUACAUGAAGUCCGCCAAUGAGACUAUCAUUACCAUGAUUCAAAUAGAGACCCGCGCCGGCGUAGAGAACGUCGAUGAAAUUGCGGCUGUCCCUGGCGUGGAUAUGCUCUUCAUUGGCCCUAAUGAUCUUGCUCAAUCGCUUCUUGGAUACGUUCCUGCACGAGGUGACGAGCCUGAAUUUAUCGCUGCCAUUGAUAAGAUCAUCGAUGCAGGUCGGCGACAUGGCAAGUGGGUUGGCCGCAUGGUCAACAAUGGCUCAGUGGCAAAGGAGGAGAGGCCUCGUUAUGAUACUGUAGCUAUUACAGGAGACACAAAAGCAAUUCAGAACUGGUACAUAUCUGAGUUUGACAUUGCACGGUCUUGA